UCAAUCUUCUCGGUGAGUUUCUGUCUAGAGGGAAGACUCCAACAAUCGAAGGCUUUGAUGCAAAAAGAUGACAUUCAACUUCAGCCUCAAUCAUUUGUCUUUCCUCUGUUUCAUACUUCUGUUUCUCAGACACUCAAUCGCAGUCGACAUCUUAAAAGCAGGGCAAUCCUUUAAUGACACCCAAACAAUUGUUUCAGCUGCCGAAAAGUUUGAAUUGGGAUUCUUCACUCACCCCAAGUCCUCCAAUUUCAAGUAUUUAGGAAUUUGGUAUAAAAGCCUUCCCGACUAUGUUGUUUGGGUCGCUAACAGAGACAACCCAAUUCUAAACUCCUCUGCCGCUCUAAAGUUCAAUACAAAUGGAAAUUUAAUUCUCGUCAAUCAAACAGGUCAUGUUUUUUGGUCCUCUAAUUCAACAUCACUUCAAGAUCCAAUUGCUCAACUCCUAGAUACAGGUAAUUUCAAGCUAAGAGAUUCAAAUGCAAGAUCUGAAGAUUCUGUGUGGCAGAGUUUUGACUAUCCCUCUGAUACUCUGUUACCGGGAAUGAAACUUGGAUGGGACUCCAAAACAGGGCUUAAUCGGAAGUUAAUAUCAAGAAAAAGUCAAAGCGAUCUGUCCUCUGGAGAACUUAGUUAUGAAGUCAACUUAGAUGGGCUUGCUGAACUUGUGGUUCGUAAAGGAAACAAGACGAUGUUUAGAGGAGGGCCAUGGUUUGGCCAUCGUUUUACCGGAGGUCGAUUCAGUGGAGGGAUUUUCAUCUAUAAUCCUUCAUUUGAGAUAUCAUUUUCAUAUAAUGCUCCAACUAAUGAUCCAUACAGAGUUGUAUUGGAUUCAAGUGGAUCUGUUAUACACUCUAUUUGGAGUCAAGAGGAAAACGGAUGGCGCAAAAAUUACACAUUCGAAGGAUCUGGCUGCAACGACUACGAUUUAUGUGGGAAUUUUGGUCUUUGUACGUCUGUUUUAGGAAGCUGUGGUUGUUUAGAUGGGUAUAAACAAAAAUCAGCUCAAAAUUCUUCAGAUAGGUGCAUGAGAAAGGAUGAUAAAAUUUGUAGAGAAGGAGAAGGAUUUAGAAAGAUAAGUGAUGUGAAAUGGCCUGAUUCCAGAGGGAACAUAGUGAAAUUGAAAGCGGGUGUUCAAAAUUGUGAAACAGAGUGUUUGAAUGAUUGUUCUUGCUUGGCCUACGGCACACUUUCACUUCCUAAAACUGGGCUUACUUGUGUCACAUGGUUUGACAAGUUGCUUGAUAUUAGAUAUGUUCGUGAUGUUGGAACUGGAGAUGAUCUGUUUUUGAGAGUGGCUGCUUCAGAAUUAGGUACUAAUUUAGCUACUUCUCUUAACUUUUUAAAUUCAAUGAAAAAACUGUGUAUUUUUGAUGUAUUUGGGAUUGUAGAAGGGAGUGAAGGGAAGAGUAUAAUUGUUCCAGUGGUUGUGCCAGUCAUAUCAGUAUUAAUCUUAUUGGCUUUAAUCAGCUUUUAUAUCAUUAGGAAUGUAAGAAGAAGAGCUGAAGAUAAUGGAGUUACAAUCACUCAGGAUUUCAUUCAUGAGAAUGAACUUGAGAUGACGAUUUCGAUAAUUGAAGCUGCAACGAACAAUUUCUCAACUUCUAAUAAGAUAGGGGAAGGAGGUUUUGGACCUGUUUAUAAGGGGAGGCUUCCAUCAGGCCAAGAAAUUGCGGUAAAGAAGCUAGCAGAAAGAUCACGUCAAGGAUUAGAGGAGUUUAAAAAUGAGGUUCUUUUCAUUUCCCAACUUCAACAUCGAAAUCUUGUCAAACUUCUUGGUUUCUGCAUUCACAAGGAAGAAACAUUACUUAUUUAUGAAUACAUGCCCAAUAAAAGUUUGGACUACUUCCUUUUCGAUGACAGAAGACGAUCUUUACUCAAUUGGCAAAUGAGAAUUGAUAUCAUAGUUGGCAUAGCUCGAGGGCUUCUUUAUCUUCAUCGAGAUUCAAGACUUCGAAUAAUUCACAGAGAUCUUAAAGCUGCCAAUAUCUUAUUAGAUAAUGAAAUGAAGCCAAAGAUUUCAGAUUUUGGCAUUGCACGCAUGUUUGGUGAAUAUCAAAUGGAAACAAGAACAAAGACGGUUAUCGGAACUUAUGGUUAUAUGUCUCCAGAAUAUGCAAUGGAAGGUUACUUUUCAUUCAAAUCAGAUGUUUACAGUUUUGGAGUUAUGAUUUUAGAAAUAGUUAGCGGCAAGAGAAACCAAGGCUUUUUUCAGUCGGAACAUCAAUUGAAUCUUCUUGGAUAUGCAUGGAAACUUUGGAAUGAAGGAAAGACCUUGGAAUUAAUAGAUGAAGCGUUGGGUGAUGAAUUCCAAGAAUGUGAGGCACUUCAAUACAUAAAUAUUGGACUUUUAUGUGUUCAAGCACGUCCCGAAGAAAGACCUAUUAUGUCAUCGGUGCUUUCAAUGUUAGAAAAUGAUAACAUGCCAUUGAUUCAUCCAAAAGGACCUGGGUUCUACGGAGAAAGAUUUUUAUCUGAUAUUGACUCCUCCUCGUUUUCUAUUUCUAAUAAUGUUACUAUUACAUUGAUAGAUGAUGGUCCUUCAAUCUCUAUCAACAAUCUACAAAGAGAAGCAAUGGAAAAAAUGGCAUCCAACUUCAGGCAAAAUCCCCUGUCUUUGCUCUGUUUUUGGAUACUAAUACCUCCAUUUCUCAAACAGUCAAUAGCAGUGGAUACCUUAAAAGCAGGCCAGUCCGUUAACGAUACUCAAUUGAUUGUUUCAGCCACACAGAAGUUUGAAUUAGGAUUCUUCGCUGAACCCAAAGCCUCAAAUUUCAAGUACUUAGGAAUAUGGUAUAAAGAAAUUCCCGAUGUGGUUGUUUGGGUGGCAAACAGAGACAACCCAAUUAUAAAUUCCUCUGCCACUUUGAAUAUCAAUGGAGAUGGAAACUUAGUUCUUUUAAAUCAAACAGGUGAAGCUUUUUGGUCUUCAAAUUCUUCAAGAUCAGUUAAAAACCCCAUUGCCCAGCUGCUGGAUACAGGUAAUUUUGUGCUAAGAGAUUCGAAUUCAGAGUCUGAAAAUUAUGCGUGGCAGAGCUUUGAUUACCCAUUUGAUACUCUGUUACCGGGGAUGAAACUCGGGUGGGACUUGAAAACAGGUUUAAAUCGAAAGUUAAUAUCAAGGAGAAGUCAAAUGGAUUUAUCUUCAGGAAAAUUCAGCUAUGGGAUUAACAUAGACGGGCUUCCUCAACUUAUGGUUCGUGAAGGAAACAAGACGAUGUUUAGAGGGUGGCCAUGGUUUGGGGAUGGUUUUAGGCGGAGUCGGUCACAAGAGGCAAAUUUCGAGUACAAUACUUCAUUUGAGAUAUCAUUUUCAUAUAACAACAAUCCAGAUAAUGAGCCUUCAAGAGUUGUGUUGGAUUCAAGUGGGUUUGUUGUACACUAUGUGUGGAGCAAAGGGGACGAUAAAUGGCACUCAUCUUACACGUUUGAAGGAUCUGGGUGCAACAACUAUGGAUUAUGUGGGAAUUUUGGUCUCUGUAGCUCUGUUUUAGUAGCAAGUUGUGGUUGUUUAGAUGGGUUUGAACAAAAGCCAAACCAAAAUUUUUCAGAUGGGUGUGUGAGAAAGGAUCCAGAAACCUGCAGAAAAGGAGAGGGUUUUAGAAAGAUAAGUAAUGUGAAAUGGCCAGAUUCAAGUGGGGAGUUUGUGAAAAUAAAAUUGGGUGCUAAAAAUUGCGAGAAAGAGUGUUUGAAUGAUUGUUCUUGCUUGGCUUAUGGUGCAUUGGAAAUUCCAGGGAUUGGGGCCUCCUGUGUCAACUGGUUUGGGAAAUUGAUUGAUAUUAGAUUUAAUCGUGAUGCUGGAACUGGAGAAGAUCUGUUUGUGAGAGUAGCCGCUUCAGAAUUAGAAUCAAGUAACAAGAAGAGUGGAGUUGCGGUGGUUGUGGCAAUGGUAAUCAUAUCAGUACUAAUCUUCUUGGCUUUAAUCAGCUGGUUUAUCAUCAGGAAAGUAAGAAGAAGUGCAAGAGACAAAGGAGCUGUGAUGAUUGAAGCACUGAUCGAAGAAAAUGAACUUGAAAUGCCAAUUGGUUUAGUAGAAGGAGCAACAGAUCACUUUUCCAUUUCCAAUAAGAUAGGAGAAGGAGGUUUUGGGCCAGUUUAUAAGGGGAAACUUCCAUCUGGCCAUGAAAUUGCUGUAAAAAAACUAGCAGAAAGAUCUCGUCAAGGGAUGCAAGAGUUUAAGAAUGAGGUCCUUUUCAUUUCCCAACUUCAACAUCGAAAUCUUGUCAAACUUCUUGGUUUUUGCAUCCACCAAGAAGAAAUAUUACUCAUUUAUGAAUACAUGCCAAACAAAAGCUUGGACUACUUCCUCUUUGAUGAACAAAGACGUUCCUUACUCAAUUGGCCAAUGAGGAUCGAUAUCAUAGUUGGUAUAGCUCGAGGACUUCUUUAUCUCCAUCGAGAUUCAAGACUUCGAAUAAUACAUAGAGAUCUUAAAGCUGCCAAUAUUUUGUUAGAUAGUGAAAUGAAGCCAAAGAUCUCUGACUUCGGCAUUGCACGGAUGUUUGGUGAAGAUCAAACAGAAACCAAAACAAAAAGAGUUGUUGGGACUUUUGGCUAUAUGUCUCCGGAAUAUGUAAUAGAUGGCCGUUUUUCAUUCAAAUCUGAUGUUUUCAGCUUUGGAGUUAUGCUCUUGGAAAUAGUUAGUGGCAAAAAGAACCAACGGUUUUUUCACACUGAACAUCAUCAACUAAAUCUUCUUGGACAUGUGUGGAAACUUUGGAAUGCAGGAAGGGCAUUGGAAUUUAUAGACGAGACAUUGAGAGAUCAGGUUGAAGAAUAUGAAGCACUAAAAUACAUAAAUAUUGGACUUUUAUGUAUUCAAGGACGUCCAGAGAAAAGACCAACUAUGUCAUCUGUGCUUUCCAUGUUAGAGAAUAAUAAUAUGGAAUUCAUAUCUCCAGGGCGACCAGGAUUCUACGAAGAAAGAUUUGAAUGGCUUGAUGCUGAUAGUUCACCACCACUAGAUGUUACACUAACUUCUAGUUCAAACAAUGUUGUUACUUUUACCUUAUUUGAUGGUCGAUAAAGGACUUAUGAACAGAUUCUUUAACCUAUGUUCUAGUCUAAUAACAGUUGUUAUUGGUUUCGUUUGUAAAGGAAAGAUGCUUGAAGGACUUGAAGUGAGCAUCCAAAAUGUGAUAUCUAAUUCUGCUUUAA